AUGACUUGUCAAUCAAGCUUUGAAAGUUGUCCAAGUGAAAUUUUCUUCGAAGUAUGGGAUUAUUUAUCUUAUCGGGAUGUCUAUCGAAGUUUUUCGAACCUUAACCAGCAUUUUAAAUUAAUGCUAGCAUCGUAUAACAACGUUCCUGCAAGGAUAACUUCGUAUCAAGAUGUUGAUGUGGCUGCUCUCGAAUUCUUCUCGUCUCGCAUCACUCGACUGAGUACUAGUUUUCGUUAUUUCACCGGUCUUUCAUCGCUUUCAUCACUUCGUUCUUUACGAAUUGUUGAUAAACCAUUGAGUUACUCUCAUUACUAUUCAUUUCGGUUCUUAGUCAAUCUUGAGCAUAUAUGCAUCGUUCAAACUGCACAGUGGAACAACAAAUAUCUACUUCGGCUUUCCGAUGAUGUGAUGUCCAACUAUUUUCCGCGUCUUCGUCUCUGUCAAAUUGGUGAAGUUACACGCACUUUUCAUUCUCUUUGGCAACCUCUUCUAUACCUCCGUUCAUUAACUAUUUCCACUAAAGAUCCGAAUAUUUAUCAUCAAAUUCUCUAUUAUUGCCCAUCUUUAACUCGUCUCAAAUUAACAAUCGACUUUCUAACAAGGCCCACGUCAUUGGAAUACUCUCAGCAUUUAUCUCUUCGUAAAUUCGAACUCUGUUUGAUCCUUCGUAGUAUAUCAAUAUGUCAAAUACUCGGGUAUUUACUGACUCCUCUCCCAAACCUGACACAUAUGACUGUGCACGGUCCCGAACAUCAUUCAAAGCAACUGGAUAUCCAUCUUCUCAGGCAUCUUUUACGGAAACACGUUUCGAAACUUGAGCAAUUCCAUCUACAAAUGCUAGUUGACAAGACACUCGCUUUAAAACUUCGCAAUGAAGACUAUCGAAUUCAUCCACUCUUUCGCCGAAUGAUAAUAGAUCAAAAGACUUCUCAUCUUUCGUUAGCGAAAAUAACUCUAUCAACAUCGUAA